CUUACAUACAGAGCCCUACCGAGCAGCAGCUACGUUACUAGCGCUCUCGCUCGUCGCUCACACAGCCUCCGAUCCUACGCCUACGUACGCCGGCCGACGACGUCGAAGAGCACUAGCUGAGGCACAUCAGGCGGCUCGAUCGCACCGUACGUCCGUACCCCUUCACCAUCAUUCCAUCAAGCAAGGCAGCAAGCACCGUCAUGGCGGCGGCGCAGCAGCAGUCACGGAGCACGAGGCAGGCGGUGCCGGCGUCGUCGAGGGUCGCGAUCAUCGGCGGCGGCAUCAGCGGGCUCGCGGCGGCGAAGCAGCUGGCGGCGCACGACCCCGUGGUGUUCGAGGCGACGCCGUCCAUCGGCGGGGUGUGGAAGCACUGCGUGUACCGGUCGACCCGGCUGCAGACGCCGCGGCCGGACUACGAGUUCUCCGACUACUCGUGGCGCAACCGCGACGACCCGACGUUCCCGACGCACGGCGAGAUCGUCGAGUACCUCGAGGGCUACGCCGACACCUUCGGGCUGUGGCGCUACAUCAUGCUCGGCGCCAAGGUGGUCGACGUCAAGUUCCUCGGCGGCGCGGCCGCUGGGUUCACGGAGCGCUGGAGCGGCACCGGCGAGGCGCUCCAGGGGAAGCCCAUGUGGGAGGUCGGCGUCGCCACCGCCGGCUCCCACACCGUUCAGUACUACCAGUUCGAGUUCGUGGUGGUGUGCGCCGGCAAGUACGGCGACGUGCCGCGGAUGCCGGUGUCGUUCCCGGAAGGCAAGGGGCCGGAGGUGUUCCGGGGGCAGGUGAUGCACUCCCUGGACUACUGCAAGCUGAGCGAGGAGGAGACCGUGGAGCUGAUGAGGGGGAAGAAGGUGGUGGUCGUCGGGUACAAGAAGAGCGCCAUCGAUCUAGCACUUGAAUGCGCCCAGGCCAACCAAGGUGAGGGAGGCGAGGCUUGCACCAUGCUGGUGAGGACCCUUCACUGGGUGGUGCCGUCCUACUCCAUCUGGGGCCUGCCCUUCUUCCUCUUCUACUCCACCCGCCUGGCGCAGUUCCUGUACGAGCGCCCCAACCAGGGCAUCCUCCGCUCCAUGCUCUGCAGACUCAUGACACCGCUGAGAGCGGGCGUGUCCAAGUUCAUCGAGUCCUACCUGGCGUGGAAGCUCCCGCUGGACAAGUACGGCCUCCGCCCUGAUCACCCCUUCGUGGAGGACUACGCCAGCUGCCAGAUGGCCAUCCUCCCCGACGGCUUCUUCGACAUGGCCGACCGGGACAUGAUCCGCUUCAAGAGGGCCUCCGGCGGCUGGUGCUUCUCCCGCAACGGCGUCCUCCUCGACGACGGCACCGAGGUGGAGGCCGACCUCGUCUUCCUCGCCACCGGCUUCGAGGGCAAGGACAAGGUCCGCGCCGUCCUCCCGGACCCCUUCCGCGGCCUCGUCGUCGACAGGUCCGGCAUGAUGCCGCUGUACCGCGGCACCAUCCACCCUCUGAUCCCGAACAUGGCGUUCGUGGGGUACGUGGAGAGCGUGUCCAACCUGCACACGUCGGAGCUGCGCUGCCGCUGGCUGGCGGGCCUGCUCGGCGGCCGGUUCGCGCUGCCCAGCGUGGAGGACAUGGUGCGGCACGUCGAGGGCGAGGCGGAGGCCAUGCGCCGCACCACGCGCUUCUACCGCCGCCACUGCAUCUCCACCUACAGCAUCCACGACAGCGACGCCAUGUGCGCUGACCUCGGCUCCAGGGUUCUCCGCAAGGGCAACUGGCUCGCCGAGCUCUUCGCGCCCUACAACAACCAGGACUACAAGGAAGACUGAUCGUCAACCGGACCUCCCUGCUGCCACACAAACUGAUGAUUCAACCCAACCCUUUUUAAUUAAUAUUUUUAAAACAAUAUUUUAUAUAUAUACGCGCGUCUGCGUACAUACAUAUAGCAGAAUAAUUUAAGAUUCGUUAUUGGUUUAGUUAUAUGUACUCCUAGUAAUAUAUAUAUGAAGUUAAGGACUACGUACGUGCUACAGCUAAAUAAAUAAUGAUCGGGAGAAAAGAUAUUAGGUCAUGAUCGUCAUGUCAUGUGAACCUAGCGAGAGUUUGGUCGUAGACGACCUGAUGUAGACUUUGAAGGUGCAGUGGUCUCGUUCUUGUCGCGCCCGCGACCGCGAGCGAGAUCUCCGGCCGGAGAAAUACGAGCAGCGCGCAGCCUGGACCAUGCAUGCAUGUGUGGAGCUGACUGCAACUGGAUUUCAUUCAUGUCACGUCCUUGUAAUCCAUUUUUUCUUGUAACGUAUCAAUAAACGGGGUAUGUGUGUAUGUACACGCAAUAGACUAUUC